AUGAUGGCCGCACGCCCUGGGAUGCCCACUAGAGUGAUCAUUAACGACUUCCGCCGCGAGAUGGGUUGGUGGGAUGGUGUGGUUGGUGGGAUGGUGUGGUUGGUGGGAUGGUGUGGUUGGUGGGAUGGUGUGGUUGGUGGGAUGGUGUGGUUGGUGGGAUGGUGUGGUUGGUGGGAUGGUGUGGUUGGUGGGAUGGUGUGGUUGGUGGGAUGGUGUGGUUGGUGGGAUGGUGUGGUUGGUGGGAUGGUGUGGUUGGUGGGAUGGUGUGGUUGGUGGGAUGGUGUGGUUGGUGGGAUGGUGUGGUUGAUCGACGAGAUAGCAUCGAAGCACCACCCUCACCUGGUGCGGCUGCUGGGCUAUUGCGUGGACUAUGACGCGGCGGCGGAGAGCAUGGAGCAGAUCGCCAUCUACGAGUUCAUGCCCAACGGGGACCUGCACCACCGCUUGCAUGGCGAUGGUGACACAGUGGGCACCACCGCAUGUGCGGCGAACACACGGGCACAUACGGACUCCCAGGUGUCUUACGGGUGUGGGAUCAACAGCGAGUUGGAAGCUGUGCUGUGCUGUGCUGCAGCAGAGGGUGUGGAAUCAAUUGUGAGGGAGUGGGAGCGAGAACAAGGGGGGGGAGGCGAGAGAGGGAUGUGGGAAGGAAGGGAAUGCAAGCUUUUUGGAGGAGAGGGAGGCAAGGCUGAUGGUGACGGUGCCCCUUGUAUGGUGAAGGUGUUGGAUACAUAA